AUGGCAGAUGUUAAGCUCCUAGGAACAUGGCCCAGUCCAUUCAGCUACAGAGUGAUUUUAGCACUGAAGCUGAAAGGAAUAGACUACGAGUACAUCGAGCAAGACCUAUCCAACAAAUCUCCCCUGCUCCUCCAAUCCAACCCUGUCCACAAGAAGAUCCCAGUCCUAAUCCAUGGCGGAAACCCCAUUUCCGAAUCCAUGACAAUCCUCCAAUACAUAGACGAGUCGUGGCCCGAAACCCACCCGUUGCUGCCCGCCGAUCCCCACGAGCGAACCGUGGCUCGAUUCUGGAUCAAAUUCGCCGAGGAGAAGCUGAACUCUGCCUCUAUGGUAUUCAGGACUUCAGGGGAGGAACAGGGAAAGGCGGUGAGGGAGACGGUUGAGUUGAUGGAAAUUCUCGAGGAACAUGCUUUUGGGUUGCUCAAGGAGAAGGAGUUCUUCGGCGGGGAGAAGGUGAACAUGGUGGAUCUUGCUUAUGGCGUAAUGGGUCGUUGGUUCGAUGCGAUUGAGGAAUGUAGCGGGGUGAGAGUGAUCGAUCCCCUGAAGUUUCCCCUGUUCUGUGGUUGGGCUGAGAGAUUCAAUGAAGCGCCUGUGAUUAGGGAUAAUCUUCCUGGGAGGAAAGAGCUGGUUGAUUUCUACAAACGUCGCAGGGAGAUGCUGCUUGCUGCUGCUGCUGCUGCUGCUGCUCUGAAAGGAAUAGACUAUGAGUACAUCGAGCAAGACCUGUUCAACAAAAGUCCCCUGCUCCUCCAAUCCAACCCCGUCCACAAGAAAAUUCCAGUCCUAAUCCAUGGCGGAAAACCCAUUUCUGAAUCCAUGAUAAUCCUCCAGUACUUGGACGAGUCGUGGCCUGAAACAUACCCACUGUUGCCCGCCGAUCCUCACGAGAGAGCCCUCGCUCGGUUCUGGAUCAAGUUCGCCGAGGAGAAGCUGGUCCCUGCCUUCAUGAUAUUCAGGACUUCAGGGGAAGAGCAAGAGAAGGCGGUGAAGGAGGCGUUGGAGGUGAUGGAAAUUCUCGAGGAACAUGCUUUUGGAUCGCUCAAGGAGAAGGAGUUUUUCGGUGGGGACAAGGUCAACAUGGUGGAUCUUACUUACGGCUUAAUGGGAUUGAGGAUUGUACCGGAUUGA